AUGGCCGAACCUGGGGAUGGGUCGCCAGCGUCGUCGGAGCCGGGGCUGGCUAGAGAUCCGAGGAACAAUGGCCCGAGGAGUCCGGUUAAGCGUCCGACGUGGACGGAGGUGGCGAAACUAGCCCCGAGGCAAUCAGCGUGGACCAGUCACCGUAUUUCUCCCCGGAAGCUAGAGGUGCUGCAGGAGAGGUUCUCGGAGGUGGUAAAGGUUCCGGAAGAGGAGCUGGAGGAGAUGCGGUCGAAGUGGCGUAGUUCCACGGUUCUGGUGAGGAGUAUGGGGAGGAAUGUUCCAGCGGAUUGGGUGGCGAAGGAGGUCCGACGGGCCGGAAAGCUGGACUACGACGUCGGAAGCUUCACGUUGGUGGACAGCGUCAUCGCUGUCAGAUUCGCCAACGAAUCAGAUCGAGAGUCUGCAAUGGCGAAUGGCCCAUGGAUGGUGGCCGGUCAGCUGCCCGCCAUGGAGAGGUGGCGCCCUAACUUCAUUCCGGGGAUCGAGGGCGUUGGGUGGGUGGUAGUCUGGCUUCGGCUACCCGGGUUGCCGCUGGACUAUUGGAAGAAGGAGACGAUCUUUAGGAUCGCAGCGCGGGCUGAAAAUCCCCUGGCGUUGGAUGAAUGCAUGGAGAAGAGGCGUACGUUUGGUUUUGCGAGGGUGAAGAUGGAGGUGGAUGUGUCCGCUCCACUCAAGCCGGGGACGAUGGUGAUGGGGAGAUCAGUGGGUAGAGAGGUAAAGUUCUGGCUUUACCUCUGGCAGGGUUUCGUCUAUGAAAACCUGCCAGUCCCAUGUCCCAAAUGUGGGCGGAUAGGGCACUCGGCGGCGGUAUGCGAGUCUUCUUCUCCGGUGGAGGUGGGAGCAGACCCGGUGGUGGAGACAUCUGGAUCUGAGGAGGGUGCAACGGAGAAGCCUGCUGCAAAUGUCCCGAAUCGAGUGAUGAGGGAUGGUAAGCGAUCCGAGGAGGAAGGCCUCUACGGACCAUGGCUAAUGACAAACCAGAUCGGGCCAUCCUUGAGGGCUCCCCGGAAGGAGGCGGCGGGCAGCGGUGCGAGGAAGAAGCCGGUACCCUCCCCUCGAGUCCUGGUCCGAGUCUGA